AUGUCUAAUACUUCUAGUUACUGGAAGCGGUUAUGGCGUUGGACUACUUCACAAAGUCUUUCAACAGAAGAAAUAGAACUCGUAUUCACACAAGACAUUAUUGAAGGGCUAAAACAAGGUCUUGCCAGCUACAAACCAAGAGAACCCGAUGAGUUUACUCGGCUGCAGUCCAAGCAUGCAGAUCAAGGAAAGCUACUCAGUGUUGUUCAGACUUUACAGAACUACAUGGAUGUAAAUUGCUUUCAAAUAUGGGAAAUAAUAAAACAUUACAUGUGUGAUAUUUCAUAUGGAACACCAGCAAAUGCUUUAAAGAAUGUAGCAUUUGUUGAUACAAGACCCACAUUCUUGUCGCCUAACGUUUGGCACUUUUAUUAUGCUGAAAGGUUAUUUCUUCUUAAACUAUUGCAAUACAUUAUUCAAUUCAGAUCAAAUAUCAGUCACAAAUAUAAUGAACAAUUCGCAAAAAUAAUCAACAAUAUAGGUAUCCAAAACAUAAAAACAUCUCUUAUUAAACAGUUUGAAAAAUUAUUGUGUGAGGCACCACCAUCUAGAAAAAUUCAAAGUGAAUUUGGUAGUGAAAUAAUUCGACAAGAAUGGGCUGAGUCUAAUUUGAGGGAGCAGCUUGCUCUCUUGCAAACUUUGUUAUUAAUAGUCAAUGAAGAGCCAAUCUCUGAAUCAGAAUUCAUUGAUUUAUUGAAGUUAUUUAGAAAACACAGUUUUGGUAAAAACCAAAGUUAUUAUGAAUUACUGGAAGAAAGGCAUAAAGAAGCUUGUUCGAGAAUUACCUACAUGGAAAUUUGCAUAUUUAUGGUGAUUUGUGAUCAUAAAAAAAUUAAAAAUGUAUCCAAUUGGUUGGAAAAUACAAAAGACUUAGUGGAGAGUGAGCUUACAAAGCUCGAACUAUCUCCAGAACAUAGUGCUAUGCUCAUAACAUGGAUGAUGCUGACACUUCAGAGUAAACAACAUGCAAAAUUAUUUGAAAAUCAAUAUCAGCAUUAUGGCGCCACAGCACUUAGAAUGAGAGUUUUUGAAUUCUUUCAACAGAUGUUAAACAAUUCUGUUUUUUCAGACAAGUCGAAAUGUGCUUCGAUAGCAAGACAUCGCAUGUUUCGACUUUUAAACGAUCUCUGUAAUAAAUUUGAUGGAGACGGUACAUUGAGCCAGCAGCCUGGUGUCAUGAUACUUUGUUCAGACUUACUCCAAUCGCCUGAAAUUGCAGAGGAGUUUUGGAAAUUGCGUCAAAAGGAUGACGAAUUUGGUGUUGUAUCAUUAUGGAACACAGCUUUGGAAUAUUUUCCGUACAAUUUUAUUGCAUUAUCAAUUUUGUCUGCUGGAUUAACCCAAGCUGGGAAUUCAAGUAUUAGACAUUUAUUAGCGGAAUUAAAAUAUCUCCCAGUAUAUACUGAGAUAUAUAACCCCAAUGCGGUACCGAUAAUGUCGCUUCAAGGCGAUGAUGCCAUAAUAGGUCGUGAGUAUCACCCACUCGGUGAUCCCUCUUACCGCAUCGAAACUGGAUCAAGAGCCACCAUAAUGGAAAGGAAGGAGGGUACCAUGGUACAUUUUAGAACGCCAUACUGUUAUUGGACUAUAUUUAACAACGAGAUUGAAAAAGUAUUGGAUCGAAAGCAACAUCAUCAGCAUAAUAUUAAUGUUACUUUAGAGAGAGUAUAUGAAGGUACGAAAUUGUUAAAAGGAGUUUUACAAUGCCUAGCAGGGGAGACAGAAAUUCCAAAGAGUCUUAUAGGCCCUAGUGAAGGAGUUUUUGACGUUCUGUUGAGGUUUAUGAGGGCAGAAGAACCACCUUUGCCAUUAUUAGUUGAAUGCCUUAACGUCUGCACUGCAUUGAUAACAUUUUUUCCCAAGGAGAUUCAUUUAAGGUUAAGAAACACUGGUCUUUUGCCACGAAUUAUAAACCACCAGUUAUCGCAUGUGGAGUAUGCGAAUGGCACGUCAUUCGACUCGUCGGCUGUCGGCACCUAUUUGGUUAUAAUUGAACAACCCAGUGGCUCAUAUAACUUUUUAGGGGCCUAUAUUGAUAUGCUGUGUGCAUUUUAUGAGACAUCGAAAGAAGAACGCAUAACGGCAGAAAUAAUUCUACCGGGUCUGGUACUGAUCUUACGUGAAGUCUUCCCUAACAUUUGUGGCUGGCGGUACAUCAACAGUGCAGAGCGCAGAGGCUUGUUGCAGCGAUGCGCCAAGUUUCUCACCUCCAUAAUGGAACCCACUAAAGAAUCCAACAAAACCAUCGAACUUGUUAAACGGACGUGCAUACAUAGUCUAUUGUAUAUGGAAAACGCUCUAGAGCUACUGAAAAUAGUUUCUAUUGGUAAUGAGCAACUGGAGCGAAUGAUACAGGACGACACUAACUGGAUAUCGGGAAGUGGCUCACACUACAUAUCAUCUAUACAGAGGUGCCUUGCUAUAGUAAUGUUCGCACUGAAACUGAAAACCCUGGUAGCUGAGGAAAGCGAAGUAACGCCAAUGGAGAAGCUGAUCUUUGCUCAGAACAAGCAAAAAGAUUUGUUGAAAGUUGUGCCAAAAAUAACCAGUUAUAUAAACCACGCGUUUAAUAAAAGUCUUCCAGUACUAAGUUGUCGACUUUUGAAAAAAUUUGCUGAUGGUUUUCAAAUGUCACUAUUCGCCUCCUUAGACAUGACCGCGUACCAAGUACGGGUUAUGUUUUUGGAUCGCUUACGCGACGAGUAUGAAACAACUGAACUAAAAGUGGCCAUAUUAGAGUUUGUUGCCACAUGCAUUGGUACGCAACCAGGGCUCACUGAAGCUUUCUUUAUGAUGAAUCAUGAAAGAUUAAAAACUGAAGAAAAAAACAAAGAUACCAGCGAAAAGGAAGCAAAAGAACCAGAAGACAGUUUUGAAGGGAUAUUAGGAUAUAUGGCUGACUAUCUUGGGAGUGUUAAAGCGGACGCCAAAUUAUUGCACAGUCCCUUACUGGCUUGUAUCAUGGCACUUUUUCACGCACUUUGGAAAAACAACAUGCAAAUUUUAAUCAAGAAGCUACGUGAGAAUCCAAAAUUUUGGGAAUACAUGACUAGUCCACUAUUUAGCGAUAUUCAACCUGGUUUGAGAACCUAUGGACAAAUAUUCAAUGUACUUGGUAUAGAACUAUUUGUAUCGAGGGAUAAACUUGAACCUAAUCUUAAAGAGAUGCUGGAACUGUUUUUUGAUACAAACAAAAAUCAUUUAGAUAAGUGGAUAAACUUCAUCUUCUCUUUCCACGGCAGAAGUGAUGACGAAGAGUCUGUCGACAAAGUUCCUGUGUGGUUGAGCUUGUUAACCUCAUGGAAAGACUUCAUGACAAUCUUCUGCAAAUGUCUACCAAUAAGUUUAAACAUCGCACACAAAGCCAAAAUGGUCGCCCCUUGCAUGAACGCUUUAUUAACGGAAUUGGAUGAGUUAAAAGACAGUCGACUAGUUGUAAUACUUGCUGAGUUGUAUGUAAUAUUGUUAGCAAAUUGGAAAGAAGAUUGUUUCGAUAAUCGAAAUGCGAGCGCCAAACAAAUUGAUAGUCUUCUCACGAAUACGGCGGUUGUUUACGAAUGUUUGCACCCAAGAGCAAUACGGGCCAUAUUGUCGAUUGGAACAGUCGCUAUUAGCAGCUUAGAUUAUGAAAUAAAAGCAAAUAGUGUAACUGCUCAUGGCAUAAUUCGAUCCGUGACAAAUAUCAACAGUAUUGAGUUAGAGAAAUUGCUUGAUAACAUCAAUGAUAAAACCGAGACUGUGCGAGAUGACCACACCAAAGAGGAAGUGCCACCUGUAGUUCUAUCUCUCGCCAUGUUAGAACAAUGCCUAGACUUGUAUGACGAUAUGUUCUCAGGUCUGUCACAAUGGUUCCAAUCGACGAAAUUCGUAAAUAAAUUACUGUGUUGCCUACAAGCCUGUUUGCAGAAUCGUCGUCAUUAUUUCACGUCUUUAGCUGCACUGAGAUGUCUCACAGCGUAUGCUCGAGGUCCGUUUAAUAAAGAUUUACUAAUGAGCGAUGUCGAUCAGUUCCUCUGGAUGCAACUACUUCCUCCCAAAUUUGAAAAUAAUGGAAAUGCUGCAUGGAAACCACAGGAAUGGUGGCGUGUGUAUGCUUACAGUUUGGACUUUAUAUCCAUGAUGGUGAUGAAACAUGGUCAGUUCUUCGCAACCGAUGCUAUAACAUUUGUAGGUGUUCACUUAGAACAUUUGAUUGAAGCAGUGCUACUGCCACGACAUGUUUACAACAUGGACGCGUUAAAUCUUUGUGCUGCAGCUCUGAAUCUGGUUGUGCAGUUAGUCAAGUAUGAGACAAGUUGGCGUCUUCAGAAUAUUAACUCUUUAGUUGGGAUUAUGCGCAGCAUUAGCGCGUGCGUGUAUCAGUGCGUGACUGUGAUGCUAAGAACGCGGCGCACUUCCGAGCCCGCACUGCAGCUUCACGACGACACACAAGCUGCACAAGCUUCACAAGCCACGCAAACACAGGCUGUGCUGCACAGAACUCUUGAGAUUCUGCACAUGGCAACACUUUGUCUCCUCGCGUUCAGUCCAGAUCUGUUGUCACUUCUGGCAGACCCGGGACUGGACCUCGAACGUUGGCAGCCGCUCGUUGAAUUGCACUUUGGUGCACCGAAGAUAUCAUAUGAGCCGUUCCCUCAAUUGACAUUUGGGACCAUACUCUCGGCUAUAUGCUUGUUAACGCGGUCAUUGAAUCAUGCGUACCACAGCGAGGAGAGCGGCGGGUCCCGAUCGCCGCGCGGGCGGCGGCGCGCGUGCUCGUGCAGCCCGGGCGAGCGCCGCGCCGCGCGUGCCGACUCCGUCACCUCCGCAUCGUCCGCCGCCAGCGCGCCGCCACGCCUCGACCAGCGGCUCGCCGCCGCCGCGCUCGAGGCCGCCGCCGCGCUGCUGGCUUCGCAGGUACCGCUCGCACGCGCACUGUGCACCCGCACUGCCGCACUCCCGCACCUCCCGUGCCGCCGCACUUCGACCAGCGGCUCGCCGCCGCCGCGCUCGAGGCCGCCGCCGCGCUGCUGGCUUCGCAGGUACCGCUCGCACGCGCUCUGUGCACCCGCACUGCCGACCUACUGCGCCACCGCGCCUCGACCAGCGUUCGCCGCCGCCGCGCUCGAGGCCGCCGCCGCGCUGCUGGUUUCGCAAGUACCGCUCGCACGCGAACUGUGCACCCGCACUGCCGACCUCCCACACCUACCGCGCCGCCGCGCCUCUACCAGCGGCUCGCCGCCGCCGCGCGUAGACCGCGGCGCCGCCGCCGCGCUCGAGGCCGCCGCCGCGCUGCUGGCUUCGCAGGUACCGCUCGCACGCGCACUGUGCACCCGCACUGCCGACCUCCCACACCUACCGCGCCGCCGACGCCUCGGGCCGCCGCGCCACGACCAGCGGCUCGCCGCCGCGCCGCCGCGCUCGAAGCCGCCGCCGCGCUGCUGGCUUCGCAGGUACCGCUCGCACGCGCACUGUGCACCCGCACUGCCGACCUCUCACACCUCCGCGCCGCCGCGCCUCGACCAGCGGCUCGCCGCCGCCGCGCUCGAGGCCGCCGCCGCGCUGCUGGCUUCGCAGGCUCUUCUGGCGGUACGAGAUCACAGCGUCCCGUCUCGUCACAAACAACUGGUACGACGUGAAUUAGCAUCGGAGCUAACGGUAUUCCACGAUUUCGUUCGCAAACGAAUAUUGUGCGCAGCUCACACGCGGCCACACCUCGUACGCAACAAACUGGGAGCGUGGCCGCUGCCGCCCGACGAGGAAGAACUCAAAAGGAUUGAGGAAGCGAGAAAAGAAAGAAAUCUUUCUGCAGACGAAGAAGAACGAUCUUUACCCCCACCACCACCUCCCAAACGUGCCUCAAACGAUUCAAUGCGUGCAUAUAUUUUACGGAAACACUAUUUGGAUAAAUGUGCUAAAACCCCUACAAAAGAACCACCUUCUCCUGUGUCGCACUCCACACCAACCACAGAUAAGAAAAAAGAAACAUCAAGAAUUUCUAAACGUGUUUCUUGGGCAGAAACUACAAGGGACAGUGGUGAAAGUCUGGAUAGUUCGGUACAAGAAAUUGACCCAGUGUAUUCAAAUUUAACUGACGUACAGAUAAACAACGAUGAAGAUUUCUUCCAUUUCAUGUCGGUUGUUUUUCUUUAUGUAUGUCAAACUGAAUUGUAA